AUGUAUUUCCCACUUACCUGUUAUUCAAAACAUGUGACUUGUUAUUUCAAUUGUAACUUUCGUUUCUUGAUAAUUCAUUAACUUAUUUUGGAUGGAACAUACAACAUAUUUUCAUUAUUAACAAGAUUAAAUAGUGUACAAGAAAGUCAAUUUGAGGACAAAAUGGGUCGUGUUGCAUCGAGAAAUGAAAAUGUCAACACCGAAACAAUACCAGCAGUAAAACAUUUAGACGAUUUAGACAAAGUUAAAGAUAACAACAAUAGAAAGACGUUUCCAGAUCCUAAACCACCAAAACGAUGUAAGAAAGAUAUUCUUCCUGAUGUCUCAAAGUUGAAGCAUAUUGACGACCAUGUGAUGAAGACUCCAAGAUAUGCAGAACGAUCCAUUGAAAAACUAGCAGAGUACUUAAUUAAACCAGCAACAAACGAUAUAGAAAAAGUGAGAGCAUUCUAUAAAUGGGUUACCGAAAAUAUCAGUUAUGAUACAGAAUCCUAUUUUGGAAGGAGGCGAAAUGUUUCCAAUGAUCCUUCAUCAUUGUUGUCCUGUAAAAGUAGUGUGUGUGAUGGUUAUGCUUCUAUAUUCCAGUUACUGUGCGAUCAUGCUGGAAUACCGGUAAUGAAAAUCAAUGGCCAUUCUAAAGGAUACAGCUACAAACCAGGUUUUAAAUUUUCUAAAGACACACCUUCUAACCAUGCUUGGAAUGCUGUCUAUGUCUGUGGAGAAUGGCGAUUUAUCGAGACAACAUGGGGAGCUGGAACCGUUGGUAAUAACAAGCAAUUCAAAAAGAAUUUCACAGAGUUUUACUUCCUUACAGAUCCAGAACAUUUCAUUGUUGACCAUUAUCCAUGUUUUGAUAACGAUGAAGUUGAGAGUGCAAAAUGGCAGCUUUUGAAGAAACCAAUGUCACCAGAAACAUUUAAUAUGAGGAUAAAACCUUCACGACACGCUCGAGAAUGGGACAUAAGAUUUAAGUCUCACAAAAUGAAUGUGUUAGAAAUGAACAAAACCAUUGAUAUAAAAUUUCAUACAAAAUCCACAAAGUUGGACGACGUUAACGUUAAGCUAUUUGAUUCGAAGGGAUGCAACAAAGAACAGUACGUCGGAAUAAGAAAGCAAAACAAAACAUUUUUUGUUACUGUGACACCACCAUCGAGUGGGGAGUAUACUUUGGAUAUAUAUGGUUCAGUCGGUGCUGAUUCUAAGACUUUAGAAUGUCUGAUAACUUACGUGAUAAAAUGUCAGACUGUAGAUAGUGGCAUCUGCCCCUUUCCAAAAUUUGAUAGUUUCUAUGGACCCGUCGAAAACUGGAAGGAAAGGGGAUUCCAAAAUGUCGGGAAAAUUCCAACAUCGAUAACAUCUAAAAAUGGAGAAGUUUGUGUUCCAAUCAAAGUUAAAGAUGGUACAAAGGUCAUGGCAACAUUAAAGAACAGUGAUGACGUCAAACUUGUUCAGUAUACGCUAUUAGAAAUGGACAAGCAUUUGAAAUUGCGAGCUAGAUUACCCAAGAAAGGAUAUUAUCGAUUAAUUGUUUUUAGUCAGUUUAACUCAGAAAGCAGUUAUACGCCAGCCGUCAACAUCCUCGUUCAAAACUUGAAAGAACCAGAUAUAACGAGUCCUUUUCCACAAACAUACCCAGAGACAUUAAAAUUCAAAUGUAGUCUCGUAGAACCCAUUAUGCGCGAUCUUCCCGCCAACAGUGAUGUGCGUUUCCGUUUUAGUUCAUCCGUUAUGUCAGAAGCAGCUAUAGCAAGGGAACAUAUAGCUAAAAAGACUGCCAAUACAUGGGAUACUACGAUUAAAACACCACCUUUUGGUGAAGUUCGUGUAAGUGGUAAAAUUAACAAUGACGAAACGUCCUGGGUUGUUUAUAGCUUCAGAGUGAAAUGAAUUUAUUUAAAACAUUAUAAGAAGUUACUAACUUGCAGUCAGUUAAAACUGAAAGGUCCAGUUUAGUACUAUGCAAUGAUUGAUUUUACAUUAGCAACAGUUAUAUUGUAAUUAGAUUUUACAAAAAAAAAUGUUCUAAUUUGUAAUAAUCAUUCAUGUACAUUUAUGAACUUUCACCUGCUUGUUAAAUCAUUAUAAGCAUAUCAGAAUAAUAUGCAUUUUUGAAACAAUUACCUGUCUUUCUAAUAUUUUAUUUUCGUUAUCAUAUUUUUUUAUCAUUU